GACGAGCUUCAGCUGUUCUCUGACCGGUCAACUAUGGAUAACUCUGCUACUCGCUUUUAUUGUUCCAUUUGCUCCAAAUCCUUCUUUUCUAGGCCGUCUUGAUAUCAUGACGAUACUAGACGAGCAUUUCGCGAGGGGGGGCGAAACUGGUCCCACAACGAUUAAAAAGGCUGCUUUGUGUGGUCUAGGAGGCAUUGGAAAGUCGCAAAUCGCUCUGAAAUAUGCGUACCGUCAACAAGAACUUCACUCAAAGUUUUCAAUAUUUUGGAUACACGCAUCCAACAUAUCCAGAUUUGAAAAGUCUUAUGCAAACAUUGCUGAAGAGUUUCAGCUAUCGGGAAGGGAUGACCCGAGGGUGGAUGUUUUGCAACUUGUGCGAAACUGGCUCGAGGGCCAGUAUCGAAUGCCGUGGCUCAUGAUAAUCGACAGCGUAGAUGAUGCGCAUAUAUUUGACAAGACUGAAAAUGGGAAAUCGGCCUUGGAAUACCUGCCACAAGUUGCAAACGGUUUGAUCCUUUACACAUCUCGAAAUCGAGAUGUAUCCGUGGACUUGGUAGGUGAAAAAUAUACGAUUACUGUUUCCUCUCUUGGUGCUGCAGAAGCGCGCUUGCUCUUCGGCGAGAGUACACGUCGGACCAGUACCCAAGAAGAACAAGACGCAUUACUUACCGAACUUGGCCACUUGCCCUUGGCAAUCAAACAAGCCGCCUCUUUCAUGACCAAAAGACACAAGACGAUCCCUCAAUACCUCAGCCAAUUUCGAGAUAGCGAGCAAUCAACGAUAACCUUACUCAACCACAUGUUUGUUGACACCGAAGCGGCUUCAUCAGUUUCAACCGCAUGGUUGGUUUCCUUCAAUUUUAUCCAAGCUGAGAACCCUCGGGCGGCUCGUCUUCUAUUAUUGAUGAGUCUCAUGGAUCGAGACAGUAUACCUGCGUCUCUCGUCAGUGGUAUUUUUGAAAAUGUGGUAGCUUUCGAUGAGUCGAUAGGAUUGCUCGAGGCCUUCUCCUUUGUUUCUCCGGACGAAACUGGAAGCGGGUACGACAUGCAUCGACUCGUACAGAUCGUGACCCGCGGUUGGCUCGGAGAUCAAGGCGAAGAAUUGACAAGAGAUAUAUCUCUACAGGCGCUGGGACUUGUGUCCUCCAAGUUCCCGGACGGCGUCUUCGAAAAUUGGGCAGAGUGUGCUCGAUACUUACCCCAUGCCGAGUCUGUCCUCCCCCGGAGCCUCAAUGUUUCGGACAAAACUGAUAUUUUUGCUCGCGCCAAACUUCUCUCCCACGUCGCAUGGUACCUGAAGGGGAGAGGGAACUAUACUCUCGCCCAGACGAAAUUAGAAGAGGCCAGGAGUUUAUAUGAACAAAUUGGUGAAGUCGAAUCCAGCGAGGCUCUAAUGGUCGAAUGCAGAUUGGCUUCCGUGAUAAACCAACUGGGACACACAGAUGCUGCCAUUCAAUUGUUUCGAAAAUCUCAGGACUCUCAGAUAAAACUAUUGGGAUCAAACCACCUGGAAACGCUUGAGACUAGCGACGCUCUAGCCUCCGCACUCUCAAAUACGUUGUUCCCUAAGUACUUGCAGGAAUCAGAAUCUCUGGGGAGAGAGACUCUUCAUCUCAGGGAAAUCCGCUUGCCAGAGGACCACCCUGACAUAUUGACUAGUCUUCAUACUCUCGGAUGGGCGUUAUUUAGGUUGGGCAAGUGCGAUGAGGCUGCGGUGUUGCUCAACAAGUGCCUGACUAAACGCAACAUUGUGCUUGGAGAGCACCACCCUGAUACCUCUGCCACAUCCACCGAACUGGCUAUCGUUCUUCUCAGCCUGAAACCACCCGACUCUGUUCGGGCCGAGUACCUCAUCCGACAUUCGGUGAACGUCACAACCGUGCUGUGUGGCAAAGAGCACCCAAGCACCAUUAUCACAUAUCACAAUAUGAGUACUCUCCUCAGAGUGCUGGGAAAAUACGAGGAAUCCGAAGCCCUGCAACGAGAACAACUAGCCCUGAGCUACAGAAUACUCGGCAAGAACCACCCCACGACACUAUGGUGUAUCAUAUCAUUGUCUCAAGCUCUCUCCGAGCAAAAAAGGUACGAUCUCGUUCGAGAGCUAGUAGAGGCUGAACUCGAAACGAGGCAGGAGCUAGCUUCGAGGUCAGUGCUUGAUGUCCUCAUCAUGAUGGAAAUUCUCGGGAACACCUAUGUCGAGUUAGAGCAGUAUGACAAGGCAGAUUUGAUGUUCCAGGCCGUUAUAACCGGGCGGACACAAGUUCUCGGAGCUGAGGAUGCGAGCACUCUUCGAGCUCUUCACUACAUGGGCAGACUGCGGUGGAAGGAAGGGAAGCACGACGAAGCCGAAACGAUACUUCUAAAAUUGCUCCAUCAGCGGGCCGCCAUUCUCGGCAAAACGCACGAGGAAACCCUCCUCACCGCAACAGUCUUAGGCCAUUCUUUCUACUCGGCACAGAAGUAUCUUGAGGCCGAAAUAAUGUUCAGACAAGUUUUGGGCGUGAAGGAACAGACGCUUCCACCUCAUGAUGAAGCCAUCCUGGCGAUACGCGAUAACCUCGAAGCUGCGCUGGCCGAGCAGCAGAAAUACGCCGAAUGGGAAGCACAUUGUCGCAAAACGCUCGAAAUUAGGCAGGAACUGGCGCCGGAUGGGUACCACACGCUGCGAGCCCUGUCGAAUCUUGCGUGCGUGCUGGACAGGCAAGGCAAAGAGGAAAGUCAGGCUGUUUUCAAUGCCAUCAUGUUGAAGAUUCAGAGCCUGCCGGAGAACUUCAUGGAUGACAAGACGUACGCUGAGAAUAUGUCUCUUGAAGAAGCGGCAGCUUUUCGAGCCAUGCAGUCCCAAGGAGAUGAUGGCAAUGGUUGAACUCCAGGGAAGCUUUCCCUUUGACGACUUAAAUAUGGAUCGAGCCUUGGCCGGCAAGCGAGGCAUAUGCUGCCUCUGAUAUGCUGCAAACCAGCGGAAGCACCGGAAAUCAGCGAAGCCUUGCUGCCUGUUCAAUAUCGCAGGGCCGACCG